AUGGAAAACACCCAAAUUGCAAUGGAAGAAAAGCUAGGGUUCUUGAAGGUACUCAACAAAGCCUUCACAAUUCCCCUCAAGAAUCCCCAUUUCAUCAUCUUCGCCGUCAUCACCUCCACUCCCUUGUUUUGUUUCAUGUUUACGUCUGAAACCAUUUUCCAGAAAGCCUUCCUUGAAACAGCCAAGAUCCUAUCAGAGGUUCCUCCUCCUCCUUUGCGAUGCUUCGACUGUAUUGACUCCAAGACACUAGGCCUUGUCGAAAAACUGUUUGAAAGGGUGUCCGUUACUUACCUCCUGAUGGUUCUCUUCUGUGUGGGAAUCCUGAAUCUCCUAGACUUCAUUGCCGUUACAGCCAUAGUUGAUUCAUCAUCACUUAUCUAUGAAGGAAAGAACACCAUGAAUCUCAAACACAUGUUGCAAAGACUCACCAACGAAACAAGGUUCAAAGGGCCUCUCAUCACAUCUGUUACUGUUCUUUUAUUGGCGUCUCUGAUCGUAUCCGGAUUGUUCUCACUGGCAACGUAUGUAUACAUUGCGUCACCGUAUGGAUUUUUCAUGGCUUUGUUUGGAGUGCUCUUUCUGGCUUUGUUAGCAAAAUUUAUCGAGUGGAGUGCAAUAUGGAACAUGGGUAUUGUAAUUUCCGUACUAGAAGAAAAACAAGGGGAUGUAGCUUUAUUGAUCUCGUCGUAUCUAAGCAGAGGUGACCGGAAACAUGGAUUUCUCUUUGUGCUUGUUUUCUUCAUCUGGACGGUUGUUUUGAGGUUAUCGUGCCUUUAUCUGCGGUGGCUUGUGGGAGGAAGUGGCAUGGUGAUCUUAGCAUCAUAUGCUUGCUUGGUUUGUUAUGGGAAUGUGAUGAAGUGGGUAGUAUUUGUAGUGUACUUUUACGAUUGCAAGAGGCGCGGUCAAGAGAAGAAGAAUGGUGUCGCGGAGGAGAGUCACGCGAUUGCAUGA